GACGGCCGUUUGCAGCAUUGCGCUCCGUUGUUAUGUUGGCGCCCUCGUUGUCUUCCGUUUGCCGCCGUCGUCGUCGACUGUUUCAUGGCUGACAUGUUCUGCAGGCUGCCGCUGCUGAUCCUUGUUGUCCUGUUGCUGCUCCUCGUGGUUCUCCUCCGCGUGUGCAUCCUUGGGAACGUGCCGACGCGUCGACGCAAAAGAAGGUCUUCGAUGAAGGACGCCAGGAUGGAGGCACGGCAGGCGAUCCCCCGGUCUGGUGGGGAGCAGGUCGGAGGGAGGCGGUGUGGGGGGAGCCUGUCGACCGUUGGCAGGGCCUCCCAGCGGGUUGGGUAUGAUGCAUUGCCACCACACUUGCAACCACUCCCCGGCUCAUUGGACGAGGAGGAGGAGGUGGAGAGACGACCACAAACCGUGUCGUUGGGCAGCGGAUCAACGCCGGAGUGGACAGCCACGGAGCUGUGCGGGACGGGCGGUGGCGUGUACGAGCAGUCGUUCAUUGAACUCCUUCGGCCUGGCCUUGGCGAAGACGAAGGAGAUGGCCGCGUCAACCUGUCGUUUGGUUUGUCCACCGGGCGGUCUACAACUCCAUCGCGCACAGUGCUCGUGCUACCCCACCCCGACAAUGAAGGCGGGCAAUUGACAGUUGUUGAUCGAUCAGCGAGGACGAGGGCGUUGGCGAGUGAGAUGGCGGGAGCGAACCGGAACUCGUCGACGGCCCAACCACGGGCGGCCUCUCUGUCCAAGGGCGCCCAGGGUCGACCGGAGUGGAUGCAGUUGCCAUCUCCCCUGUCUGCGGUGUCAGAAGUGGUACGAGGCCGUGGCGUCGGAGUCGACGGCGGGACCGACUUCUUGGAUGUUGGUAAUGGUUGCGACGGGAGGGAGGUGUGCAGGGACCUGUGGCGGGAUCACCCGCUGCGGCGAGAGGAAUACAUCACACGGGGGCUGGAGCGUCUUCACGUGGGAGACCGGGAGAACGAGAACAAGACGGACGAUUCACCGGCGGAAGCAGACGACGACGACGACGACAACGACAUAGAGUGUGGGGAAAGGGGGGGUGGUCACACGUCGCCAUCAUUGCAGAGCAACAUGGCUGGUAAGGGUGGGAGUCCAAGCCUUCCGGCCGCAAUGCUCGUCCGCAGGCGAAGAAAGGGCAGGGAAAGGGGAGCGGUGGCGAAGGCGACGGGGAUGGGCCACGCAUAUGCACAGAUGAAACCGCAGGAAUGGAAAUGGCAAGAUGUCGCCCAAAGGUUGAAGAACGUCGGCGUGGACAGGAAUGCGGAGAAAUGCGGGAAGAAGUGGGACAAUCUAAUGCAGCAGUUCAAGAAAGUCCAUCCCUUUCAAUCACCGUCAGGGGGUGCCGACUUUUUCCAGUUGACGUCGAAGGAGAGGGCGAGCAAGGGCUUCAAUUUCACGAUGGAUCGCGCAGUUUAUGACGAGAUAGAGGGGUCGACUGGGAUGAACCACACCAUCCACCCGAAGAACGUGGCAGACACCGGUGUGUCUGGCAGCGUGCGCCCGCCCUCGACGUCUUACGUGGAUCCUGAGUCGGUGGCGGACGGGGAAGAAGGUGCAGGGCGAGAAGACGACGAGGAGGGGUCGACGCGAGGCUCUUCCCAAACGACGGGCACCCCCGAUGGUUCUAGGAAAAUGAAAAGCACGAGGCAGCAAACUUUCGAGGCGCUGACGGAAUGCAUGGAGAAACACGGGGAGCCGCUUGUUCCAUUCUCUGUCUUCCAUUCUCGCCGCCCUGCAAUCAUCCAGCCGCCGCACGGUGUACUCGUCCACAAGCUCUGCGAACCACCGACCGCGAUCGAAGGCGCUUUUGUCGGAUCCGCCAUGUCUUCCCGCGGAGCUGGACGGGGGAAGGCUGCCUUGAAGCAGAUCGUGGAAGGCGCGGCCCCCGCGAAAAAGGGACGGCAUCAAGCGAAGAGGCAGAGGAAGGUCGUCCAAGCCGUGCCCGCUGGCAAUGCGCGAGACGUUGUGGAGGAGGUUGUGGUGGAGGAAGAGAUAACGAAUGACGACGACGACUUUGAAGACGACGACGAUGAACCACUGCAGAGAAAGGCGAGGGUCAGUUCCGCGGGGGGGGUUAGAAUAAACGAGGGGGGGGAAGGGACACCGACCGCACGGCGCGGCGGUGGUGUUGCCGCGGCCAACCAACCAGUCUUUGUCGACGUGGCACGUGACUUGGCAAGGAGGGACGUUGGUGGCCGCGCGAAGGAAGGGGCCGCCUCGCAUGAGACUGCGCAACGCGUGCUUGCGCCAUUGAAUCGCCCUCGAACCCCGACUGCAGACGUGGCGGGGAGUUCCCAAGCAGCGGUUGAAGGUGGGACGUUGCGAUCUCCCGCGGUGGCGGCGCACGGCGGCGCUGUGGCGGUCCUAGGAGAGCCGGUUGAAGUCCCGAAGGGAGGAGAUGGCGCAGCAGCUGGGGAAGACGACGAGGCUCUGUUUGGUGAGCCCAAUGUUGUUCUGCACCACAUUGGACGUAGUUUGUGGUUCGUGGGCGUGAACAUAGUGGACAGGCACGAGGACGAUGAGUGCGCGGCUUACCAGGAAGCUUGUGUCCAGCGUCUGGUGCGGGAUUUUACAAGCGCAGUUGGCACGACAGAAGCUAUGGACGGCGGUCGAGUGUCGUACGAGUGUCUGAAGGGGAUGGCAGAUGCGAUGAGCUAUUUGCUCGCUGCCACGAUGUGGAUUAUGCUAAUGGUGUGGAACGAUCCGAGAUCGCAUUACGACGCUUGGGUUUUCGUUCAACUGAUGGCGAAGACGACGCUGCUGGCGUCCAUGAACCGGCAGUUCGACGCCCGCCGACACAUCACGCAAUCCGCGCAGGUCAUGACGGACAAGUUGGGGAGACCGCCUCCGACCUUCGCCCCCCCACCUGCGUACAUCCCCGAUUGGGCGUCUAAGUGCGGGGUCACUUUCUCGCACGACGCCACGUUGGCCUCCCCGAUGGAGGCGAAACGGUUGGAUUGGUUGGGGACAGGUCCCCCCGAGGACGACGACGACGACGCCGAAGGCGAUGACAAAGGCGAGGGGGGGUGACGCGUAGACGACGGUGAUGGCGAAGGCGAGGAGGGGAUGAUGCGCAGGCCCUGUUGAGAUGGCAUGUACAAGAG